AUGCCCGCCUCCACCGCCUCCUCUACCGCCAGCUCGAUCGUCAAGCCUCAAGCGCUUGCGAAUGACGAACACACCGCCCGCGACAGCAACAGCGCUGGCCCUUGA